AUGGCGUUUGGUUGCUUGGGGCGGAAGUCACGGAGGAGGAAGGCGGAAAAGGACACGAAAGAAUCGGCGAGGAGGCUGACGAGGAAAGAAGUCCAGAAACUCACCGUGGAUUUUUCCCGGUCCCGGGUGAUCGCGUUCGGAGGGUUCAGCACAGUGUAUCUGGGCAAGUUCCCAGAUUCGAGCCUGGGAGCGAUCAAGAUCAUUGACACCAGCAGCAAGCGGCUCCACACGAUGUAUAAACAAGAACUCGAGAUUCUGCAGAGGAUCCGACACGACAACAUAGUGAAAGUACUAGGUUAUUCCGAUGAUGAAGGUGUAGAAGAAGGCGUGCUUGUUUUCGAGUACGUCCCGAAUGGAACGCUUCAGGAGAAGCUUCACGGCAAUGGCGGCGGCUCUGUUCUUCCAUGGAGAAACAGGAUGGGAAUAGCGUUCCAGCUAGCCCAAGUUUUGGAAUAUCUCCACGACAAAUGCGAUCCCCAGAUAGUCCAUGGCGACCUCAAAGGCUCCAAUAUUUUGUUGGAUUCGGAGCUUAACUGCAAGCUCUGCGAUUACGGGUCGGCCAAGAUGGGAUUCUCUUCCACGGUUCAGCCGCCGUCGUCGACGGCGACGGCGACGGCGAAGAACCGGACGAUGAUGACGAUGUUUGGUUCUCCGGGCUACACGGACCCUCACUACUUGAGAACCGGAAUCGCGACAAAAAAGAGUGAUAUUUACAGCUUGGGAGUCAUUCUUCUCGAGCUAAUUACGGGUUUGGAAGCUGUUUCGUCGGACAGCAACGUGAGACUGAUAUCCAAAGCUGGUCCGAUGUUAAAGGAUGAGUCUAAGGUUGCCGGAAUGGUGGACCGGCGGCUAGCGGCGGCCGGGGAGUUCGAGGUGGAAGAAGCCAAGGCUAUGGCUUCCAUUGCGGCUCUUUGCCUGGGUGAUUCUCCAAGCUUAAGGCCAACUGCAUCAGAUAUCUUGGGAAUUAUGAGAAGCAAAGUUCCCUCAAUUGGCUUCCUAUUCUCAACGAAGAAGUGUUAAAAUUAAAAGCUUACAAUUAUCUCAAAACUUUAUAGCUCAGGGUGAAGACACAUAGUUAGAAUUGAAGCAUGUGUUCUAUCUCAACUAAAAAUCGAUAGUUGGAUUGCACAUUAAUGGUUAUAUGUUCAACAGUUAAAAGAAUAUGCAUAAUGAGAUUGUGAUUAGUUGUAUAGGGGUUUGAAAUUGUUUGCCUCUUUGAGCAUUGUAUACAAUUUCUCAAAAUGAAUAUUUGAUUGAUUCUUCCGGACAAUUUUUGUAAGUUAAAU